AUGCUGCUCCAGAGGCUGUGCUCCAGGAUUCAGCUGGACCCCCCGAAACACUACUGGAGGACUACCCGAACCCUCUCACAAGGUCAACGUGGUGGUGGCCCUUUUGCCCACCGUGGCGAGCUGCGCCACGCCAAAAGGAUCGUGGUGAAGCUGGGGAGCGCCGUUGUCACGCGGGGCGACGAGUGCGGCUUGGCGCUGGGACGGCUGGCGUCCAUUGUAGAACAGGUGGCGGUACUGCAAAACCAAGGCCGGGAGAUGAUGAUCGUCACCAGCGGCGCUGUGGCCUUUGGCAAACAAAGGCUGCGGCACGAGAUUUUGCUGUCCCAGAGUGUUCGGCAGGCGCUUCAUUCGGGUCACAGUCAACUCAAAGACAUGUCGAUGCCCGUUUUGGAGGCUCGAGCAUGUGCGGCCGCCGGGCAGAGCGGUCUGAUGGCGCUGUAUGAAGCCAUGUUCUCACAAUACAGCACCUGCACUGCGCAGGUUCUGGUGACUAAUCUGGACUUCUAUGAUGACCAAAAACGCAAGAACUUGAACAGCACGUUGAAGGAGCUACUACGCAUGAACAUCGUGCCAAUUGUUAACACCAAUGACGCCGUGGUGCCCCCGCCGCAGCCUGACAGCGACCUGCAGGGGGUAAACGUGAUCAGCAUUAAGGACAACGACAGCCUGGCGGCACGACUCGCCGUGGAGAUGGAGGCUGACCUGCUCAUCGUGCUCUCCGACGUGGAAGGACUCUACAACCGCCCCCCCGGAACAGACGAUGCUAAGCUCAUCGACAUUUUUUAUCCUGGAGAUCAGCAGUCUAUUACCUAUGGGACAAAGUCCAGAGUUGGUAUUGGUGGCAUGGAGGCUAAGGUCCAGUCGUCCAUUUGGGCGCUUCAAGGUGGCACCUCGGUGGUCAUUGCCAAUGGCACGCAUCCUAAAGUAACGGGCCACGUCAUCACUGACAUUGUGGAGGGCAAGAAAGUGGGCACGUUCUUCUCGGAGACCAAACCGGCAGGCCCUACUGUUGAGCAGCAGACUGAAAUGGCACGCAAUGUUGGGAGAAAACUAGCAGCAUUGCGACCGGAGCAGAGGAGCGAGAUCAUUUGCCGCCUUGCAGAUCUUUUGAUUGAAAGGAAAGAUGAUAUCUUGUCUGCAAACAAGAUGGAUGUGGAUCUUGCCGUCAGCUCAGGUCAACUUCCAACCGCCCUUCUGACUCGUCUGAGUCUGUGUCCGGCCAAACUUGACAACCUGGUUGCUGGCCUCCGCCAGGUGGCCUUGGCCGCCCUUGACUCUGUGGGUCGCGUCAUGCGCAAAACCAGGGUGGCCCAUAAGUUGGAGCUAGAGCAGAUCACCGUGCCCAUCGGGGUAAUUUUGGUCAUCUUCGAGGGCCGGCCGGACUGCCUGCCACAGGUGUCAGCUUUGGCUAUUGCCAGCGGCAAUGCCAGCCUGCUGAAGGGUGGCAAAGAGAUGGCCAAUACCAACCGAGUCCUCUACGGGAUCACCCAAGAGGCCCUCGCCGUGCAUGACGUCACAGAAGCCGUGCAGAUGGUGAGCACCCGCGAGGAGGUGUGGGACCUCUGCCGACUGGACAAAAUGAUCGACCUGAUCGUCCCUCGCGGCUCGGCCGAACUUCUGCGAGACAUCCGCCGCGCCGCCAGGGGCGUCCCCGUUUUGGGCCACAGUGACGGCAUCUGCCACGUCUAUGUGGACGCCCAAGCCAGCCCUGAGAAAGCCAUAAAAAUCAUCAGAGAUUCCAAGUGUGACUACCCGGCGGCGUGCAAUUCUAUGGAAACGCUGCUGAUCCACCGGGACGUCCUGGCGAUGCCGUUUUUUGACCAAAUCAUUGAAAUGCUGCGCACUGAGCGAGUGAAAAUCCACGCCGGGCCGAGGUUUGCGUCCUACCUGACCUUUAGCCCACUGGAAGCGAAGUCCAUGCGCACAGAGUACGGCGACCUGGAAUGUUGCAUUGAGGUGGUCGACAGCAUGCAGGCGGCCGUUGAACACAUACACAAAUAUGGCAGCUCGCACACUGAUGUCAUCGUCACUGAAAAUGAGGACACAGCCGAGCGGUUCCUGCAGCAGCUGGACAGCGCCUGCGUCUUCUGGAACGCCAGCUCCCGUUUCGCCGAUGGCUACCGCUUUGGACUCGGAGCAGAGGUGGGCAUCAGCACAGCGCGCAUCCACGCCCGGGGCCCCGUGGGCCUGGAGGGGCUGCUUACCACCAAGUGGGUCCUGAGGGGGGACGGUCACGCCGCGGCUGAUUUCGCCCAACCCGGUGGUGUUAAGUUCCUUCACGAGGAUCUGCGAACGGGUCGGGCCGACGAACGGCAGCAGAUGAGUUGA